UCUCCAGCAAAUGAGAAUGUGAGAAUUUGGGGGAACAGUGGAGAACAAGAUGGCUGAUGCGGGAUAAAGAGGAAAAUGUUUGGUUUCUUUUUCUUGAGCGAGGAAUUUGCUUUGUAGAAGUCAGUUUAGUGUAAGCCACAAACUUUUGUUAAUUUGUUACGACUGCAAACUAUUAACUUUUGCUAAAGUUUAACGCAGAUCAACGCAGAUGGGUCAUCGUUUUUGGACACAGACAAGAUUAGGCUGCUGGAGUUGUUAUUCUGUUUUAGUAGUAGGCUAUAACAAGUGUAGUUUAUGUCAAGAUAUAAUCGGUAACUUCACAAAUCAUUUCUCUGUUUUAUUCAACCAAGCAAAGUGGGAAUUUGAGUACCCACCUUUAUGAAAUUACAGUCUUUCACCAAAUAUUUUAAUGGUGCGUAAUAUUUUCCGUGGUAGGAUAAGUGCGAUGGCCGAACAUAACAACUGUAGUGACUGGAGGGGUUCUGACUAGUUUCGUAAAUGUAGUGGACUAUUAGAUCUGCAUUACUGGACCAACACAAUGAGCUCACCCCGCGUCAAAUCACAGCAACCGCUGAGCCAACCGGGCAGGGUCCCUGCGAGCGCCACGGGUGCGUCUCUGCCUCACCGAAUGGACACGAGCGAAGGGAUAGAGAUGGAAAAUAUCCAGCACCAAGACUUGGGUCUUGGGGGAGUCAUUGGCACGCCAUCCCCUCCCUCCAGACAAGCUUGGAGCCGGGAUAACCCGGGGUUCGAGCCCGAGGAUGAGAUGAUGGAGGCGGACUGGCCCCCGGCUAGCCCAGGGCGGAGAUCGGUAUCCGCAACUUCUAGUCCUAGCUGCAGCAGCGGACUGGGAAGCUACGGUGGUACCGGUAGCAGUUCCAGAAUGCACCGAGGGCUGUACCCCACCCCGACUGUGGAUGCUCUGCAGCAAGACAGACCGGAGCGUCUCACCUGUAUGAAACAGAUCAUCAAGAAGAUAAGAAUUCUCUGGGGCACGCAGUUGAUGGAGGCUAGCGACAGCACCCGCGAGCGCUACCUGAGGAAUGUCCUGAGGGAGAUGAUCACCUACGUCAUGUUCCUCAUCACCCUGUGCAUCCUGAGCUACGGGGCGGUGAGCUCCAACAUGUACCACUACACCAGGGUGAUGAGUCAGCUGAUCCUGGACAGCCCUCUCUCUCCUGGGGAACACACCACCUUCAGAACCCUGGUCACCACGCAGGACUUCUGGAAGUUCACCGAGGGACCCUUCCUGGAUGGGAUGUACUGGGAGUCGUGGAACCCCAACAGCUCCCUGCUGGAGAACCACAGCCUGAUCUUCCAGGAGAACCUUCUCCUGGGGGUUCCUCGGCUGCGGCAAGUCAGAGUUCACAAUCGCUCCUGCUCUGUGCACCCCGACCUGCAGGGGGAGCUGCAGGACGCGCAGCUGGACUGCUACGACGCCUACACCCCUGGGAACGAGGACAGCACCCCCUUCGGACCCAAGAACGGAACUGCGUGGCGCUACACAGAAGAGGGCCGUCUGAAUGGGAGCAGCUCCGGGGGGCAGGUGUCCACCUACGCCGGGGGCGGGUUCUACCAGGACCUGGGGCGGAGCCGGGAGCGAACCGCAGAGCUGCUGCGUUCCCUCAGGGAGAACCUGUGGCUGGACAGAGGAACCCGGGCCGUGUUCCUUGACUUCUCUGUCUACAACGGGAACAUCAACCUCUUCUGCAUCGCCAGGCUGCUGGCGGAGUUUCCCGCCACGGGCGGUGUGUUGACUUCCUGGCAGUUCCAGACAGUGCGUCUGAUUCGCUACACGUCGGGCUGGGACUACUUUGUGGGCAUGUGUGAGCUGGCCUUCUGCCUGUUUACCCUGUACUACGUGGUGGAGGAGGUCCUGGAGAUACACAUCCACCGCCUGCACUACUUCAAGAGCCUGUGCAACUGCCUGGACGUGCUCAUCGUAGUGCUUAGCAUAGCUGCCAUCAUCAUGAACAUCACCAGGACGUCCAUGGUCAGCAGCCGCCUCAAACACCUGCUGGAGAACCAGGCUGGCCACCCCUGCUUUGGCCCACUGGCCAGCCUGCAGGUCCACUUCAACAACAUGGCCGCGGUCCUCGUCUUCCUCUGCUGGGUCAAGCUGUUCAAGUUUAUCACCUUGAACAGGACGCUGAGUCAGCUGUCCAGCACCAUGUCUCGCUGUGCCCGAGACCUUCUGGGCUUCUCCAUCAUGUUCUUCAUUAUCUUCGUGGCCUACGCCCAGCUGGCCUACCUGCUGUUCGGCACACAGGUGGACGACUUCAGCACCUUCCAGGGUUGCAUCUUCACCCAGUUCAGGAUCAUCCUGGGAGAUCUGGAGUUCUCAGAGAUAGAGGCAGCCAGCCCAGUUCUGGGGCCUGUGUACUUCACCACCUUUGUGUUCUUCAUCUUCUUCAUCCUCAUGAACAUGUUCCUGGCCAUCAUUAACGACAGCUACUCGGAGGUGAAGACAGACAUGGCCCAGCAGAGGCCAGAGAUGCAGAUGACAGACCUCAUCAGAAAGGGCUGCGACAGGGCCCUGAUGAAGCUGCGACUGAAGAAGACCACGGUGGAUGACAUCUCCGCCAGCCUCCGUCAGCACGGCGCCAAGCUGCACCUGGACCAGCUCAGACAGGACCUCCGAGGGAAGGGACACACGGACGCAGAGAUUGAGGCCGUGUUCUCCAAGUACGAGCAGGGAGGAGACCAGGAGCUCACUGAGCAGGAACGCCAGCAGAUGAAGGACGACCUGGAGAAGGAGAGGGAGGACUUGGAUCUGGAACGCAGCUCGUUGCCCCGGGCAACAAGUGGGCGGAGCUUCCCCCGUUGCCAGGACGACUCUGAGGAGGAUGACGACGAGGACAGCGGCCAUAGCUCCCGUCGCCGUGGCAGCAGCUCAGGGGGCGUGUCCUAUGACGAGUUCCAAGUGCUGGUGAGGAGGGUGGAGCGCAUGGAGCACUCCAUCGGCAGCAUUGUGUCCAAGAUGGAUGCUGUGAUGGUGAAGCUGGAGGCCAUGGAGAGAGCCAAGCUGAGGAGGAGAGACGUGCUUGGGAGACUGCUGGACGGGGUUAUGGAGGAUGAGAGGAUUGGCAGGGACACGGAGGCUCACAGGGAGCAGAUGGAGAGGCUGGUGAGGGAGGAGUUAGAACGCUGGGAGUCUGACGACACCGUCUCACAGGUCAGCCACCACCAGCCGCCCACUCCCAUUGGCCCCGGGGCCCAGGCCCGCCCACGUAGCGCCCGCCCCUCCUCCUCCCUGUCCAAUGACGGGCCGGAGUCUGGAGGAAAUGGGAGUGGCCAUGUGUGAAACCAUGACAACGAGAGAUGUUCCAAUGUCACACAUGGAGGGAAGAUUGUGUUGUUUAACCGGUUCAAGUCUUAAGAUGCUGGUGUCUGUGAAUCAAGUCAAUCAAUUAUUGAGUUAUAUGAGUCAAAAUCAAGUGUUAAUCUGGAAGUUUUAAGGGAUAUUUUUAUGCAUACUAUAUUAGGGUAUAUAUACUAUGCUUGGUCUGUUCCAGCUCAGAUUUAAGAUGAUUUGCCAUUGACUGUUUUUCACACAGUCAGUUACACUAUGACAAUUUAAAGGUAAAUAUUUAGGCGUAGCAUCAAGAAUAUCAACGUUAAUAACCCUUUAUAACCCUUUAUCCACCCAAACGCACAGAGUGAGAUCAAACAGGAACGUUUGUGAAGAAAAUAAAUCUCUUUUAGGAGAACCUUAAUACAUGAAGGAUUUUGUCAAGAUGAUGGACGUUCAAAACGAAGUAUUCGAUCAUGUGAGAGGGGCUUGAUCAUGUGAGAGGGGCUUGAUCAUGUGAGAGGGGCUUGAUCAUGUGAGAGGGGCUUGAUCAUGUGAGAGGGGCUUGAUCAUGUGAGAGGGGCUUGAUCAUGUGAGAGGGGCUUGAUCAUGUGAGAGGGGCUUGAUCAUGUGAGAGGGGCUUGAUCAUGUGAGAGGGGCUUGAUCAUGUGAGAAGGGCUUGAAGCCUACAAGGGAUAUUUCAUGGUUUAUAUUCUAAGAGCACAUAGUAGUAUUACCAUCUGUGUUAACCUGUGCAGGUAACACAGGUACAUAGUAGUAUUACCAGCUGUGUUAACCUGUGCAGGUAACACAGUAUGUCUGUCAAGGCACCUUUUGACAUCAGACCCAAAAUGGUCUAGUCUGUUAGUUUUUUACUUGUUGCUUUUGAUAUAGUAUCAUAAGGUACGCCACAUCCUGCAUUAUACUUUCCCAUCUUCUGUAUCACUUUGUUAUGAUUUACAAAUACUUUGUUUAAGGACAAAUAUGAUACAUAUUGUAACUUGAAACAAACUUCGAUUUGGAGUGCAUCUUGUCUUCAUGAGAAACUCAUGUUUUAGUUUGGAUUCCUGUGCUGUGUGUACCUCACAGGAGCCCGUAGUCUUUGUGUUUUUUACCUUUAAGUAUAUAUCCCUGAUGUGGACGACCAAUUAAAAUGUCCCAUGUCACAA